UUCAGCUUUCGGCUCAAAGGGUACUUGAAGAAUGCAAGACGCACAGGCACAGGCACGGCACCCUUUUUUGGACCUGGCCGGCUACGGUGACGGCGAGGUGAUGAAGCUGAUCUGCUCAAGCUUAGGGUGUGGCUUCCUCAGCCGGCUGAGGCUUGUGGCGAGGCCGCUGCUAUUGGCAACCGACGCGCACCUGCUCAGCGACGAGCACCGCAUCCAGCUCCCGACCGCUGCGCGCGCCGUGAGCGCCCAGCAUACAUCAACAAACGUGCUGCAGUCAUUCGUGCGCAUGCUCGCGCGCGGCUACCGCCCUCUCGUGGUGCGCUUCAACUACAUCGGCGACCCCGAGGACUCGGACUUCAGCGCUUCGGUGUCGGGCGAAAUCGCGGGGGCAAUCACGUCGGCCGCUGCUCACGGGCGACUGGCGUCCGUGGUGGAGCUGGGGCUCCCCGCGCCGCUUCUGACGCCGCAGCUGGCUGACGCGGCGGGCGCGACAGCGCUGCCAGCCUUCAGCCGGUUCGAGCUGACCCAUCUCAACCGCCUCGGCGGCGGCAACGCCGCCGCGCUGCUGCUGCGGCUCUUUCGGCGUGUUGACGUCAAUGCUGCUGGUGGACUGGGCGCUGGCGCCGCUGACCCUGCACCGGCGGGUAGCAACGGCAGUAGCAACAGCGGCGGCGGCAGCAGCAGCAGCAGCUGCCCACGCCGCCUGGCCUCGCUGCGGCUGAAGCACCUGCCCGGCCCCCUGUCGCCUGGCAUGAGGCAGGCGCUGAUGCAGCUGCAGCCUGCUGCGCUGAUGCUCAGCUAUGAGGACCUGGACCGGGCCGGCCGUGCUGCUGAUGCCUCCUUUGCCAACACCACCCUCACGUGGCUGCGUGAGCUGCGGGUUGACUCGCGCUACCCAAUCGCAAAGCAGCCGAAACAGCAGGGUGGCGAUGGCGGGGGCGGCGGCGGCGGAAUUGGGGUCGCAGAUGGGGGCGGUGUGGCGGUGCUGCCGGCGCUGACCAACCUGACCCACCUGGUUCUGAACAACCGCUGCGGUGGCGGCUUGCGUGGCAUGCUCCUGCCCAUCUACAGCCUGGCGGCGUUCACGCACCUGAGCCACUUGCGAGAGCUGUGCCUCUACCCCGCAUGUCUGGUGGCCGGGCAGGAGCUCACGGCCCUCACGGCUCUCACACGCCUGCAAGUGGCAACGCUCCUGCCGCCACCCCCGCCACCGCCGCCGGCAGCGGCAGCAGCAGGCCCGGCCGCUGCCAUGGUGCCUGCAGCAGCGGUACCAACCAUCACCCGCCUACCGCUGCCGCCACCGCAGCCGUCCACGUCAACAGCAGUACCAGUGCCGGCAUCGGCCGCUGCUGUGGAGGCGGCGCCUGUAGGCGCACGGGCGCAGGCGCCGCCGCAGCAGCCUCAAGGGGCCGGAGCUCCUGUGCCCAGAAGAAGAAUAGCACCAGUCCGGCGAGUGGAGGAGCCAGCAAGGCUGCCCGACAUUGUGCUGCCGUUGAAUCUGACGGUGCGGACGCUGCGGGCGGCCCUGCUGCCGCGGCUGCGCCCGCCGCAACCGCAGCAGCCGCCGAUCCUGGUUUCUGCAGUGGACAGCAGCACGCCUGUGUGCAUUGCGCUGUCAGAGGUCGGCAGGACGCGCUUCCGGGAUCUCGGCGGCGGCCCAGUGUCGGGUGAGAUAGUAGUGACUGAGCAGAGGCUCGGUGGUGUCAUGCCCAUGACGCUGGCAGACGGCGGUACGGCGGCGCUCCUGGCGGCCUUCCGCAGCCUGCACGGCCCCAGCCGCCGCCUGCAGCUGGAGGUGGCGGAGCUGGAGGUGCGCGGCCGGCCCCACGAGCUGCAGCCGGCUGUGGCGCCGGACCAGCUGGGCGUGGCGCCGGACCAGCCGGGUGGCCACCGCUGGCUGAGCGCGCUGGCGCCGCUGGCGCUGCGGUCGCUGACUCUGACGCACUGGCUGCUGGGCGUGGAGGACCUGCAGACCAUCGUGGAGCGCCUGCAGAGCCUGCAGAGGCUGGUCCUGAACCACGGCGACUACCCGCUGCCAGCUAUUAGAUCGCUGGCGCUACUGCCGCAGCUGCGACAGCUGGACCUGCACGGCCGCGGACCCAUCUAUAUGGACCGCAUGCUCGCCGACAACCAGGGCCAGUUUUACCUUCAGACUGGCUUAAACGAAGACACCAACCCGGCAGCAGCGUUCGUGGAUCUGUGCAGAGCCAUUGCCCAAACGCGGCGUGCUGCGGCUGGCGGGCAUGCGGCAGGCGCGGCAGCGGCAGCGGGGCCAGCGGACGCGGCAGUGGCAGUGGCGCCGGCGGUGCCGUUCGUGGUCCGGCUGUUUCGCAACGCGCUGGGUGGCGACACAGAGCCUCCGGAGGAUGUGACGGCGCCGCUGGUGGAGCAGAUCAACACGCAGCUGCAGGCGGAGGGUGUGGGGCCGAAUGAGGCGUGUGCGCAGCUCGCGCCGUUUGUCGACAUGUGGCCGCCGGGUGUGGACGACCGCCGGCUGGUCGACGGCGGCGGGGAGGCCGACAGCGAGGACGGCUACAGCACGGCAGGAGACGGAGACUAGAACGGGGGCAGUGACGAGGAUUAGGGAGGGUAGGAGCAGGCGGAGGACGGGGAGGAGGCGGGGAGACGGGUGGAGAGCGGUAGCGGCUAAUUAGGCCUAGAGGGCAGCAGCGAGGAUGAGCUCGUUAGAUGAAUUACGGGCAGACAUGCAGGGCUAGGGGCUUGGACCCCCGCCUCACGGCAGUUAUAAACAUGGAAGGCAGGGUUUCAAUUACGCAAGGAACCCAACGAACCCAGCAAACGCAACUGUGGGUGCGUGCCUUCGUUGCAGGAAGAGUGUAACAGGCAGCGGGGCUGCUUAGGUAGAGGGGCGGGGAAGAACGUCGGAUGGGGUGGAAGCGGAUCAGGAAACGGCUGACAUCACCUGGACUGCACAGCGAGAUUGCAACAAGGAGAACAUUUGCGAAAGGGGCAGAGGUUGCAUGACACAGGCAGCAAGCCACGGUGAGACCUGAAGCCGGUGCUGGGUUCGGACUGGUGGGGACCCAAGCGUAUGGCGCAGUGGUAGUGGUGGACACACAGCAGUACAGUGGCGGGGAGGUGAGGGAGGCCAAACGUUUGUCAAUUGUCUGAUUUCAGGGGUAGGUCCGGCCCUUGCACAUACGGACGAAGACAUGGGCAGUUGUGCGCUACAUUCCUGUUGUCAGGUUGUUGCGAUGGCCAAUGGUGGGAUUACAGUGCCGUGUAACACGUUGCCACGAUGUUGCACCAUGAAGCCAGUAUGAAAGUGCAUGGGCGGAGGAGGACAGCAGGUUUAGAGGCAGAUUCAGUAGGCGGAUGCCGUGGCCUGCAGCUCUGCCUGCACUACCUGCACAACCUGACUCCGUGUACCCAGAAAUGCAUUUGCGUACCUUGCUGGUGGGUAUGCCCCGAGUUCGCUGGAUGCAGGGGGGGGGGUAAGAUCUACAUUUGUGUGCCCCAGCCGCAAAACGGAUAGAGCUUGACGAGAUCAUUCAGAAUCCGCUUUCGGAGUUUCAAUCCGGGUAGUAAUUGCAAAGAUAUGG